AUGCGACCCGCCAACAACAGGGCCACAGCACAGAGGAACGAGAUGGGAACGAGGUUCUCCAACGAGCACACGGUCGGGAUCCCGUCCAGCGACCAGCGCGUCGGUCCGCCCGCGCGACCCCGCCCGUCCACGCCCGCCUCGCCCGUCCGCCUGGCGAGCGGGGGCGCGUCGAAAGGGUCCGCCCCGAUCCCCGACGCUCGGAUCAUCCCCCGAGCGAUGGGGACGUCGGUACCCGCACUCCCGGCCACCUCGAAGGGCAGCCCUUUCGCCGCCAGCGCCGUCGUCGCUCUCAGAGCGCCGCUCAUGUCUCCCGUGUAG